CAAAAUCCUAAAAGCUGAGAAUAAUCCUGAUUGAGGAAUGAGUGGGAUGAGUCGUCUCCCGCACCCGAGUCCUGAAUGAAUGGCUUCCUUUGUUUCUCUCAACUGUUCCUUCCCACUCCAACCACCGCCAUCUGCUUCUUCUUCUUCUUCUUCAUUAUCUUCACCACAAUCUCAGCCACGUAAACUUAUCGACAUCUUAUCUUCCACCUGCCACCAAACAACAACAGCAGCAACAAGAACAACUCCCGCUUCAACUCCACCACCACAUAAUAACUACGGCGGCUGCAGCAACUUAAUAAAGCCCAUCGUCGUAAAUGGGGAGCCCCCCACUUUUGUCUCUGCCCCUGGUCGCCGAAUUGUUGCUGUUGGUGAUCUACAUGGGGAUCUCGACAAAACAAGAUCCGCACUUGAGAUUGCUGGUGUACUCAGUUCUGAUGGUCAAGACUUGUGGAUUGGUGGAGAAACAGUAUUAGUUCAGCUUGGAGAUAUACUUGAUCGGGGUGAAGAUGAAAUUGCUAUUCUUUCUCUGUUGAGGUCAUUGGACAUCCAGGCAAAAGCAGACGGUGGAGCAGUUUUCCAGGUCAAUGGUAAUCAUGAAACCAUGAAUGUCGACGGUGAUUUCAGAUAUGUUGAUUCUGGGGCAUUUGAUGAGUGCACAGACUUUUUGGAGCACUUGGAAGAAUGUGAAUAUAACUGGGAAGAAGCUUUUGCUAGUUGGGUUGAUGUAUCAGAAAGGCAGAGAGACGAGAGGAAGAGGUCUCAAAGUUACUGGGGUCCAUGGAAUUUGGUAAAGAGACAGAAGGGUGUGAUUGCAAGGUCAGCCCUGCUAAGACCAGGGGGUCCAUUGGCAUCUGAGUUGGCACGACAUGCUGUUAUUCUGAAGAUUGAUGAUUGGGUCUUCUGUCAUGGUGGCCUCCUUCCUCACCAUGUAUCUUACGGCAUAGAGAGGAUAAAUAAAGAAGUAUCUCACUGGAUGAGAGGUCUUGGUAACACAGACAGCUACUUAGAGACCCCUUUCAUAGCAACAAGAGGCUAUGAUAGCGUUGUCUGGAACCGUCUAUACUCCAGAGAUAUUUCGGAUCUAUAUGACUAUCAGAUAAGUCAGAUUGAAUCAAUACUUGAAGAGACGCUGCAAGCUGUAGGUGGUCGGCGAAUGGUGGUUGGACACACUCCUCAACCAAUGGGAGCAAACUGCAAAUUCAACUGCAGCAUAUGGCGAAUUGAUGUUGGCAUGUCCAGUGGGGUUCUUGAUUCAAGACCUGAGGAUUUGUGUUGCACAUUCAUUCUAGCUAGUAUAACUGUAUGCAAGGCUCAAAUUUUCCCUCUUCCCUCCGACACUCUGUCCAGUCGUGAUCAGAAUGAAUCCAUCCGGUUCUCCAGAAAGUGGCAAGAAGGGUUUUCCCAAAUCAACAAAGCAAGCACAAAAUAAUCAGGUCUGGCUAUGACCGCGAAUCGAAAUUGACAUGCAUUUUCUAUACUCCACCAUGGAACAUAUUGUUUGAUUCGUUAUUGUAGAAUAAGGCAUAUUACCAAUUGUAUACAGAAUGUAAAUAAGAAGUGUUCGGCAUUAAAUCACAAUUAUGAACAUUUGCAGAAUUCUGAUCUUCGAAAUUACCAGGGCUAGUGUUACUGGUGGUUAUGCUGCGAACAAGUCAAAUAUCAAAUGACUUGAGAAUUCAACUGAA